CAAGCUUCAAAUUCCCCCAAUAAACUCGAACAGAGUACACUCUACAGCUCUUAAAGUGAAACAAUCAGAAACAGAAGAGAAUAAAUUUAAAAAGAAUGUCACCUAAAAAGUCUGAAAGUCUUCAUAUUGUAACACCUCUACUAGAAAGUAAAGAACUAAGCAGGUUGGCUGGGCGACGAGUUUGGUUAAAAAUGGAGAAUAUGCAGCCGGGAGGAAGCUUUAAAAUCAGAGGAAUUGGCCACACUAUGCAGGAAGCAGUUUCUAAGCUAGGAGUGACACGGUUUAUUGGCAGUAGUGGAGGAAAUGCUGGAAUGGCUAUGGCAGUUGCUGCUCAGAAAAUGAAUGUUCCUCUGACAAUAUAUAUUCCAACCAGUACUAAACCAUUCAUGAUCGAUAAUCUUAAGAAUUAUUGUGCUGAUGUUGUUGUGACUGGAGAGAACUGGAAUCAAGCAAAUGAAGCAGCCAAAGAAGCUCUUAAACAGGAAGGGACAUUUCUUGUACAUCCUUAUGAUCAGCCUGAUACCUGGGAGGGACACAGUACUCUUGUACAAGAACUACAGAACCAACUACCUCAGGCUCCAGGAUGUAUAGUGAGCUGUGUAGGAGGAGGAGGACUGGUUCUAGGUUUACUCCAGGGACUGGAAAAAGCAGGAUGGAGUUCUACUCCGGUCCUAGCGAUGGAAACAGAAGGAGCACACUGUUUUGCUGCGGCUAGACAGGCUGGUCAGGUGGUCCAACUAGCAGGGAUUACAAGUGUUGCGACAAGUCUUGGAGCACUUAGUGUCUCAGAAACACUGUUCAACUUGUCUGUAGAGAAGCCUGAACGAAUAUUGAACCAUGUUGUAUCGGAUACAAAAGCUAAAGCAGCGAGUGUCAAGUUUGCAGAUAAUAUGAGGGUGUUGGUUGAAGCAUCCUGUGGAGCAGCUCUAUCUGGAGUUUAUAGCGGAGUAAUCAACCAUCUUGAUAUACCCCAGGGGGAUAUAGUUGUAGUUGUAUGCGGGGGAAAUAUUAUUAAUCUCGAGAUCAUCAACACAUGGAGGCAGGAGAUGUCAAACUUAACUCAGAAUUCAUGAAAAGCAGGAAGUAGUUGAACUAGGUAAAGAUAGGUGAACUAGUUCAACUACUUCUUAAUAUCUUAAUAUCUUCAAACCUCACUUUGCUCGCACUGUAUUUCUGCCAAAAAAUAGUUUCUGAAAGAGCCCAGAAAAUAGUUUGAAAAAGUGUUAAGAAAAUAGUUUUAGAAAGAGUCCAGAGUCUAGAAAAUAGUUUAGAGAAGGGUUCAGAAAAUAUAUAGUUUCAGAAAGACUCUAAAGAGGAGUUAAGAAAAUAGUAUAGGCAACCGUCUAGAAAAGUGUUUAGAAAAUAGUUUCAGAAAAAGUAAAAAAGAGCUUAGAAAAGUGUUCAAAAAAGUGUUCAAAAAUAGUAUAAAAAAUUAUUCAGAGAGUAGUUAAGAAAAGUGUUCAAAACCUAGUUUAUAGAAGAGUUUAGAAAAUAGUUUUAAAGAGUCCAGAGAUUAUUUUU